CAGCCUCCUCCUGCUGGCACUUCAGACUGGAGGCUGCAGAGAGUCUGAAGUACACAUUUCUUUGAAAACUGCUGCGGUUUAAAAAACACUGAAAACCAUGCUUCGGGUAAUUGUGGAAUCUGCUUCCAAUAUCCCUAGACAUACAUUCGGAAAACCAGAUCCUAUCGUGUCCGUUAUUUUUAAAGAUGAAAAAAAGAAAACAAAGAAAAUUGAUAGUGAACUCAACCCUGUUUGGAAUGAGAUUCUUGAGUUUGAUUUGAAAGGAAUCGCUCUGGAUAUUUCGUCAGUCCUGCAGAUUAUUGUGAAAGAUUUCGAAACUAUAGGGCAAAACAAGUUAAUUGGCACAGCAACUGUAUCCCUCAAAGAACUAGUAGGCACACAAAGCAGAUCGCUUCCAUUCAAGCUCGUUCCACUGCUGAAUGAAAAGGGACUGGAAACCGGCGCAACAAUUGAUUUGGUGGUGGGGUAUGAGCCACCAGCUGGACCUCCGAAUCCAAAUGACCCAGGGGGAACGGAUGCACAAGGCAUUGAAGAUGGCGAAGAAGACGGAGGUGAUGAGGAGUCGCCUGAUGGUGGAGCUGGUCCCGUUCCCCAGGGCGGUCCACGUGCCACCCGCGAAACUCAGCUUGCUCGUCGAAUUGCCAAAGGAAAGCAAAACCGGAAGCUGCUUUCUAACAAGCCUCAAGACUUCCAGAUUCGUGUUAGGGUCAUUGAAGGACGUCAGUUCUCUGGGAAUAACAUAAAGCCAGUUGUGAAAGUACACAUUUGUGGCCAGACACACAGAACAAGAAUCAAAAGAGGCAACAAUCCUUAUUUUGAUGAGAUGUUUUACUACAAUGUCCACAUGACCCCUUCAGAGCUCUUUGAUGAAACAAUAAGCAUUCGGGUAUAUGACUCUUAUUCUUUACGUGCCGACAGUCUAAUGGGGGAAUUUAAAAUUGACAUUGGCUAUGUCUACGAUGAACCUGGACACGCGGCCAUGAGAAAAUGGCUGCUUCUAAAUGACCCUGAAGAUUCAAAUUCAGGUGCCAAAGGGUACUUGAAAGUCAGCAUGUUCGUUCUCGGAACAGGAGAUGAGCCACCUGUGGAAAAUAGAGAACGGGAGAAUGAAAACGAUGAUGUAGAAAGUAAUCUUUUGCUACCGGCUGGGAUAGUGCUCCGAUGGGUCACUUUCGUUCUUAAGAUCUACAGAGCUGAAGAUAUUCCUCAGAUGGAUGAUGCUUUUGCACAGACUGUAAAGGAAAUAUUUGGUGGAGAAGCAGAUAAGAAAAACCUUGUGGAUCCAUUUGUGGAAGUUUGCUUUGCUGGGAAAAAGGUUUGCACAAAUAUAAUUGAAAAAAAUGCUAACCCAGUGUGGAAUCAACUUGUUAAUCUUCAGAUCAAGUUCCCUUCGAUGUGUGAAAAAAUAAGACUGGUGGUGUACGAUUGGGAUCGCCUCACCAGAAAUGAUGUUGUAGGCACCACAUACUUGAGCCUCUCCAAAAUUGCUGCUUCGGGGGGAGAAGUUGAAGAGUUUUCAUCUUCGGGAGCUGGGGCUUCAUCAUAUGAAGUAAAUACCGGAGAGACAGAAGUGGGCUUCUUACCAACAUUUGGGCCUUGUUAUCUAAACCUUUAUGGAAGUCCAAGAGAAUAUACUGGAUUCCCAGAUCCGUACGAUGAUCUAAAUUCUGGAAAGGGAGAGGGGGUAUCUUACAGAGGCCGGAUCCUGGUUGAACUAACCACACUGCUUGACAGCAAACCGCUUUCUAAAAAGAUUGAAAUGAUACCCAGUGAUGAUGUACUAGUGGUUGAGAAAUAUCAACGGAGAAGAAAGUACAGCCUCAGCGCCGUGUUCCAUUCUGCCACCAUGUUGCAAGAUAUUGGCGAAGCCAUCCAAUUUGAAGUCAGCAUAGGGAACUAUGGCAAUAAAUUUGAUACCACCUGCAAACCGCUGGCAUCAACAACUCAGUACAGUCGGGCUGUAUUUGAUGGAAACUUCUAUUACUACCUGCCAUGGGCAAACACGAAGCCAGUGGUGACACUUACUUCAUAUUGGGAGGAUAUAAGUCAUAGACUGGACCCUUUGAACCUUCUUCUUGCCAUAGUGGAAAAACUGCAAACAAACCUGACAGCCUUAAAAUCAGGAAUACAAGCAAAGGUUUCGGAAAACCAGUUGACUGAAACAUGGCUGAAGCUAAUAGAUGAGCUUAUGGAGGACCUGAGCAAGGAAUUCCCAAGCCAGCAAGGCAAACACAAUGUCACGGUCCUUGAUACACAGAUCUACAAACUGCGGGAGAAAUCGAUCAGACAGAUUCAGGAGGCAGCUCUGAAAAUGAGGAGUGAAGCCACAGAUAUCAAGGCCACACUGACAGAAAUUGAGGAUUGGCUGGAAAAAUUAAUACUGCUAUCUGAAGAGCCACAGAACAGCAUGCCUGACGUGAUCGUUUGGAUGAUCCGGGGGGAGAAGAGGCUUGCCUACGCUCGCAUUCCUGCCCACGAGGUUUUGUAUUCCACAAUUCCUGGGGCAUCUGGGAAAUUUUGUGGGAAGUCCCGGACCGUCUUCUUAAAGUAUCCACAGGACAAAAACAAUGGCAACAAAAUACCCGCACAGUUGCGAAUUAGUUUUUGGCUUGGCUUGAGUGCAGUAGAAAAGAAGUUUAACAGCUUCGCAGAAGGAACAUUUAGCGUCUUUGCUGAAAUGUAUGAAAACCAGGCACUUAUGUUUGGGAAGUGGGGAACUUCCGGACUCGUUGGCCGCCACAAGUUUUCCGAUGUCACAGGAAAAAUAAAACUGAAAAGAGAGUACUUUCUGCCUCCCAAAGGAUGGGACUGGAAAGACGACUGGUUCAUUGAUCCUGAAAGAAGCUUGCUGACGGAAGCAGAUGCUGGUCACACUGAGUUUGCUGAUGAAGUGUAUCAAAAUGAAAGCCGCUAUCCUGGAGGAGAAUGGAAAGCAGCUGAAGACACUUUUACAGAUGUGAAUGGAGAAAAAGCACCACCACCAGGUGAAAUAACCUGUCCUCCAGGUUGGAUGUGGGAGGAUGAUGCUUGGAUAUACGAUAUAAACCGAGCAGUGGAUGAAAAAGCUUGGGAAUAUGGAAUUACCAUUCCCCCUGACGAUAAACCCAAGUCGUGGGUUGCAGCAGAGAAAAUGUAUCAUACUCAUAGAAGAAGAAGGCUGGUUCGAAGACGCAGAAAAGAUCCAAACCAAACAGUUUCAUCAAGGGCAACCACACCCUAUGAAGAUCAAGAAGGAUGGGAAUUUGCAUCACUGAUUGGAUGGAAAUUUCACUGGAAGCAGCGCAGUUCCGACACUUUCCGCCGCAGGCGGUGGAGGAGAGAAAUGAUUCCUUCUGACACAUGUGGUUCAUCAGCCAUCUUUAAGCUUGAAGGAGCUCUUGGAGCAGAUACAAGCAUUGAUGAGGGAGAAAAAUCUUCUGAGAAGACCAAAGAGGCAGCAGCAACACGUAUAUUCGGUGCAAGCACUCCUAUAAUCUCUUGCAACUUUGACAGAGUCUACAGUUACCACCUUCGAUGUUAUAUCUAUCAAGCAAGAAAUCUAAUAGCUUUGGAUAAAGACAGCUUUUCAGAUCCAUAUGCUCAUGUUUCAUUCCUUCACCGAAGCAAAACAACCGAAACCAUCAAGUCAACAUUGAACCCAACAUGGGAUCAAACUAUCAUAUUUGAUGAAAUUGAAAUCUAUGGAGAUCCCUACACGGUAGAACAAAACCCUCCUCAUGUGGUUGUUGAACUCUUCGAUAGUGACCAAGUGGGCAAAGAUGAGUUCCUUGGAAGAACCUCUUGUUGUCCUAUGGUCAAGCUCAACCCAGAUAUUGACAUCAGUCCGAAACUUCUCUGGUAUCCAGUUAUGAAUGGGGGCAAGGCUUGUGGAGAUGUGCUUUUAGCAGCUGAGCUUUUGCUGAGUGAAAAGGGUGGAACCAACCUUCCAAUUCUUCCUUCAAAAAAAGCAUCAAACCUUUACAUGGUGCCACAAGGAAUCAGACCCGUGGUUCAACGGACUGUUAUUGAGAUCCUUGCCUGGGGACUGCGCAACAUGAAAAGCUACCAAAUGGCUUCUGUUACUUCCCCUAGUCUCAUUAUAGAGUGUGGAGGUGAAAUGAUAGAAUCUGUUGUGAUUAAAAACCUGAAGAAGACACCAAAUUUUCCCGGAUCUGUUCUCUGCAUGACAGUGUCGCUGCCCAAAGAGGAAUUGUACACGCCAUCACUAGUUAUUAAAGUGAUAGACCACAGGCAAUUUGGCCGUAAACCUAUCGUGGGACAAUGUACCAUUGGGGCACUGGAGCGUUUUCGCUGUGAUCCUUAUGCGACGAAAGCCGACAUUGCACCACAGAUGAAAGUUACUCUUCUGUCAGCUGCACCUCGGCGAGAUGUGGUCAUUGAAGUGGAAGACACGCAACCUUUACUAGCAGCGCAGCUCACAGAAAAGGAGGAAGAAAUUGUCGACUGGUGGAGCAAGUUUUAUGCUUCAAUAGGAGAUACUGAGAAAUGUGGACAAUAUAUUGCAAAGGGAUACGAUACGCUAAAGGUGUACAAGAGUGAACUGGAGAAUGUACCCGAUUUUAGGGGUUUAACAGAUUUUUGUGAUACUUUCAAGCUGCAUCGGGGCAGGUCUGAAGAAAAUGAUGACCCUAGUGUUGUGGGAGAAUUUAAGGGCUCUUUUAGGAUCUACGCAUUACCAGAUGACCCUAAUGUACCACCUCCUCCUCGGCAGUUCCGUGAACUUCCAGACAGUGGGCCUCAAGAGUGUAUCAUUCGGAUUUAUAUAGUCCGAGGCUUAGAACUCCAGCCUAAGGAUAACAAUGGAAUGUGUGAUCCUUAUAUUAAAAUCACCUUGGGCAAAAAAGUGGUGGAAGACAGAGAUCAUUAUAUUCCCAACACUACCAAUCCAAUUUUUGGCAGAAUGUACGAACUGAGUUGCUUCUUGCCUCAAGAGAAGGAUCUGAAAAUUUCUGUUUAUGACUAUGAUAUGCUGACUCGAGAUGAAAAAGUUGGUGAAACCAUCAUUGAUUUGGAAAACAGAUUUCUCUCCCGCUUUGGAUCUCAAUGUGGAAUACCACAGCAGUACUGUGUCUCAGGUAUCAAUACAUGGAGAGACCAACUGAAGCCAACACAACUCUUGCAAAAUUUAGCCAGGGUCAAAGGCUAUUCUCCCCCAGUCCUUUCUGAAAACGGGAGGAGGAUUAGUUAUGGAGGAAGAGAAUACACUUUGGAAGAAUUUGAGGCCAACAAAAAACUGCAUGAACACCUUGGGCCUGGUGAAGAACGGCUUGCCCUUUACAUUCUCAGAACUCAGGGCUUGGUGCCUGAGCAUGUAGAGACAAGAACUUUGUUCAGUACCUUCCAGCCAAACAUCUCACAAGGGAAGCUUCAGAUGUGGGUGGAUGUUUUCCCCAAAAGCAUGGGUCCACCCGGCCCUCCUUUCAACAUCACUCCUCGCAAGGCUAAGAAGUAUGAGCUGCGGGUAAUUGUGUGGAACACAAAGGAUGUCAUCCUGGAUGAAAAAAGCAUCACAGGGGAAGAAAUGAGUGAUAUCUAUGUGAAAGGAUGGAUGCCUGGCCAUGAAGAAAAUAAGCAGAAAACAGAUGUGCAUUACAGGUCCCUAGACGGGGAAGGGAACUUCAACUGGAGAUUUAUUUUUCCUUUUGAGUAUUUUCCAGCUGAGCAGCUCUGUACAGUUUCAAAAAAGGAACACUUUUGGAGCCUUGACAAUACAGAAUUCAGAAUUCCACCCAAGCUGCUUAUUCAAAUAUGGGACAAUGAUAAGUUUUCCUUGGAUGACUAUCUUGGUUUUGUUGAACUUGAUUUGCACAAUGCAAUUGUGCCAGCAAAGUCUCCAGAAAAGUGCUCUUUGGACAUGAUUCCAGAAUACAAGCCAACUAACACUCUCAAGACCCCUAAGAUUGCUUCACUCUUUGAACAGAAAUCCAUGAGAGGAUGGUGGCCAUGCUAUGCAGAAAAAGAUGGCUCCCGUGUUUUGGCUGGUAAAGUUGAGAUGACUCUGGAAGUUCUUGGUGAAAAAGACAUUGAUGAACGGCCAGCUGGUAAAGGCAGAGAUGAACCUAAUAUGAACCCCAAAUUAGAGCAACCAAACCGACCAGAUACAUCUUUCCUUUGGUUCACAAAUCCAUGCAAGACAAUGAAGUUCAUUGUGUGGCGCAGAUUUAAGUGGGUUUUCAUUGGCAUCCUCCUCCUCCUGAUUGUGCUCUUGUUUGUAGCAAUUCUACUGUACUCACUGCCGAACUACCUGUCAAUGAAGAUUGUGAAUCCAUUUUCAUCUGGUUAAGGAAUACCCUUUUCUAUAAAAUGUUACAUUCCAGUAAGGUUUUGAAACCUCCGCCUUUGGACCCAACAUAACCACCUGAUAAUCCUAUACAUAUCUACUCAAAAACAAGCCCCCCUGAAUUCAGUGGGACUUACUCCCUGGAUAGGAUCGCUGCAUAAAUCAAGCUGCUUGUGUUUUUAACCAGGAAGAGGGUCAUUUCUAAGAAUUGAACUGUUAUGUAUGAUGUAUUGGGUGGUGCCAACUGUAAAAUACUAUGCUACAGUUCAGCGUUUUGACUACAACAGUUCAUUUUCUCGUUAUGUUAUCAUCUGUUUUAAAAAUUACUUUCCAAAAACAUUAUUCCAGAAAGCUUUCUCUUUCUCUCUCCUUUUUAAAGAUGCACUCUAUUUAAAGUAUUUUUUUUAUCAUGAGCACUUUGAAAUCCUGCCUCUUGAUUUAUGGAAAAAGCAGGCACUACUUACAUUUUUAGAAAUAAAAAAAACCAAAAACCAGUGCAAUAAAAAUUGUUCACCAGCUGUGUGAACCUCAUGUUUUUAAAAAGGUCAUAUUUACAGCAACAAGCUUCUAUUCUCUGUGGUUCAACUUUAUGAGCAAAACGAUGAAAUAAAGCAAUAUAAACUCGUGA